AUGAUAAAUAAUGAUAAAUCGAAAAUUCUGUUACAGGUAAGCCUCAUAUUAAUAUUCCAAUAUUUGUGUAAUGUAAAUAAAGUAGUAAAAUCUCAUAGCUUAUACUAAAUUAGCCAUAAAUAAUUAUUGCAUAAAUAAGCAUAUCAAUUAAGAACAGAAUCUCAAUGUAAACAAGUAAAUUUUCAAUAAAUCUUUUAGUUAAAUACUAUUAUUUAGAUGAUAACAUACUUAUUUGA